CUAAAUUACAAAUUACAACUCAAGUAAAAAAAAUCAAUCUCAAAUUUUUGUGGAUAUUAACGAAAUAUUUAAUGAAAAAUGUCUCCCCAUCCUGUCUACAUUGAAGAAUAAAAAUAUAAACCAAAGUUACUAAAAAUGAAUAAUAAGCAACACCAACAAGUAAUAUAAAAUUAACAAAAUAAGAGAAAAAUAAUAUUCCUAUUGAAACGAAAUGCAGGAUUAAUUGUUCGUAAUUAAAUUGAACCGAAAAACUUAUAUAUCAACAUUUUCGGGCAAAGAUUAGCAAGUUAUUUUAAAUUAUUCCAUGUCAACUCGAAAAACUAACUAAUCUUUUUUGUGGAUUUCAAAAAAAAUUCUGACGAAGGUAGCAACUAUUAAAUUUCUAAAACUGGGAAAAAGUAUGAACUUGUGUUCCUCCAUUGGCGGUGCUAGUGGCGGCCAAAGUAAUAACAGUUGUGGUGCUGGAGGUAGUUCAUCUAACAUUGGUGCUAAUUGCACAUCAUCUUCUGCAGUUGGUGCAACUGCAACUACCAGUUGCGGUGGUUCAAAUACUGUAGGGGCCUUAGGUGGUAGUAGCAGCUGCAUUGCAGGUCAAAAUAUAUCAAAUACAGGAGGCAGUAGUAGUAUUGGAGCUGGUAGUAGUGGAGCUGGUAGCAGCAGUAGCGAGAUGCCUCCAGAAACUAAACCAAAACAAGUUACUGUAAAGCAUCCUGAAUCUAACAAACCGAAACCUACAACAAAGAAAAGUAAGCCUGUACAAGCAGAUCAGGAAGUAAUUAAGCAAAUACAACGAUGCCGCGAUGAAGGCAAAAAAUGUUUGGACUUGAGCAAAUCAUCAAUAACUGUUAUUCCAUCAACUUUAAAAGAUUGUACACAUUUGACUGAAUUUUAUUUGUAUAGUAAUCGUGUAUCGCAAUUACCACCAGAAAUUGGAUUUUUAAUCAAUCUGAAAACAUUAGCAUUAAAUGAAAAUUCUUUAACAUCUUUGCCAGAUACAUUAGUGAAUCUAAAACAACUCGAAGUUUUAGAUUUGAGACAUAAUAAACUCUCAGAAAUUCCCGAUGUUAUUUAUAAAUUAAAAUCGUUGACAACGUUAUUUUUGGUAUUCAAUCGAAUACGAUGCGUGUCUCCUGAUAUAGCAAACUUAACAAAUUUACGAAUGUUGUCUUUGCGUGAUAAUAAAAUCCGCGAACUAAGUCCAUCCAUCGGUUAUCUGGUGAAUUUGACAACACUGGACGUUUCACAUAACAGCUUAGAUCAAUUGUCAGAAGAAAUUGGAAAAUGUGUAAAUCUAAAUUCACUUGAUUUACAACAUAAUGAACUGUCAUCGAUUCCGGAAAGUAUUGGUAACUUGAAAUACUUAAAACGACUGGGACUCAGGUACAAUAAGCUAACAUGUAUCCCUGCAUCAUUAAAAAAUUGUAAAAUGAUGGAAGAAUUUAAUGUUGAAGGAAAUGGAAUAUCACAACUUCCUGACGGACUAUUGGCUAGUUUGAGUGCUCUAAAGUCAAUAACAUUAUCUCGCAACAAAUUCCAUAGUUACCCAUCUGGAGGUCCAGCGCAAUUUACUAAUGUAGAAAAUAUUAAUUUGGAACACAAUAAAAUAGACAAAAUUCCCUAUGGAAUAUUUUCACGUGCUCAAAAGUUAACGAAAUUAAUAAUGAAAGAAAAUGUUUUAACAUCUUUACCAUUAGAUGUUGGAACAUGGGUAAAUAUGGUGGAAUUAAAUUUGGCAACAAAUUCCUUAACAAAAUUACCCGAUGAUAUUAUGAAUUUACAAAAUUUAGAAGUUUUAAUAUUAUCUAACAAUAUGCUCAAAAAAAUUCCAAAUACUAUUGGGAAUUUGCGUAAACUGCAGGUUUUAGAUUUGGAAGAGAAUCGUAUUGAAACCCUACCAAAUGAAAUUGGUCUUUUGCAUGAAUUAGAAAAAUUAAUUUUGCAAACAAAUCAAAUACAAGUUUUACCGCGAACUAUUGGUCAUUUGACAAAAUUAAAACACUUAAGUGUAAGCGAAAAUAAUUUACAAUAUUUACCUGAGGAAAUUGGAACAUUGGAAAAUUUAGAAAAUCUUUAUAUUAAUCAAAAUCCAUGCCUUGAGAAAUUACCAUAUGAAGUAGCAUUGUGUCAAAACUUGAAAUAUUUAAAUAUUGACAAAUGCCCACUAAGUACUAUUCCAGCUGAAAUUCAAGCCGGCGGACCGUCUUUAGUAUUACAGUGGUUAAAAAUGAACUCGCCGUAUAGACAAAUGUGAUUUGAUAUCGCAAUUGAAAAUUAAAAAAAAAUAUCCAAAUUAAAUUUUACAUUGAGUUAUACAUGUUUUAUGUAUAAAUAUGAUGUACAUUACAAAAAUUGUCUCCAAACAAAGAUAUGCAGAAACGCAACUUUGCAACUCUAACUAUCUUAACUUGUGUUUGAAAAGCUAAAAAAUAUUUACUAUUUCAUUAGUAAAAACUCCAUAUUAUGUAUAUUAAUUUCUUAAUCCAUUUUUCAUUCGAAUGUUCAUUAAUACAAAUUAAAUGACAAAAUUAAAAAAAACUUAAUAAACGAUCAAAUCGAUAUUAAAAGCAAAAACAUAUAUGAUAAAUAUACCAAAAAUACAUAUAGAAAUU